AUGACCCGGCAGUCUGGGUUCCUGAGAAGGGCUUUGCUGGUGGCAGUAGCCUGUGCAGGUGUGGUUAGGGCGGUUGAUAUCCUCCAGACGACGGGCUUCAGCAGCUGUGGAAAGAAUGCCGAGAUCCAGGUCAAGAAGGUCGAUAUCAAGUACAACAAUGACAACAAGACGGUGAGCUUCGACGUUGCUGGGUUCAGCACCAAGGUCCAGAAUGUCACGGCCAUCCUGAACGUCACGGCGUACGGCAACCAGGUCUACUCCAACACCUUUGACCCCUGCAAGUCCGACACAUUUGUCCAGCAACUUUGCCCAGUUCCUGCGAGCAACUUCAGCGCUCGAGGCACGCAAGCAAUCCCUGCCAAGUUUGCUGACCUCGUCCCCGCAAUUGCCUUCCAGAUUCCUGAUAUUGCGGCCAUGGCAACCUUGCAGCUCAUCUCCAAGGACUCCGGUGAUAACGUAGCCUGCAUUCAGUCCACGGUCUCGAACGGCAAGACCAUCAGCGUCCCCGCCGUCUCGUAUAUCGCGGCCGGUGUUGCAGGCGCUGCCCUGGUUAUGAGCGGUGUCACAGCAGUCGGCGCUGCCGUUGCCGGUGGUACUGGUGCGCUGGGCGGUAGCUCCGCAGCCGGCGGACUGGGUACGGUCAGCCCCAGCUUCAUCGAGGUCUUCACAUGGUUCCAGGGCAUGGCCAUGAACGGCAUGCUGUCGGUCAACUACCCGUCGGUGUAUCGGAGCUUCACCAAGAACUUCGCCUUCUCGACCGGUCUCAUCCCCUGGACCCAGCUCCAGGUCGCGAUCGACGACUUCCGCGCUUCCACUGGAGGUAACCUGACGAACGACAAUGUUCAGUUUCUCCGCAAUGCCACCCUUGUCUUCCCUGACGGCUCCUCGAGCACACCCGACAGCAGCAUCAUCAAGGCCAAGCGUGCGUUUCACAUGUUUGAGAUGCUGGCCAAGCGGCAAAUCGUGACCAGCACCGACGGCUCAGACUCGUCCAACUCGACCAACCCCGAGAGCACAGUCGACAGCAUCCGCACUGCCGUCAGCGGCAUCCAGGCCUACGUCAACGAGCUCAGCAUCCCGUCCAGCAACACCUUCAUGACCGUGCUGCUCGUUGUCGCCAUCGUGAUUGCCGCCAUUGCCGUCGGCAUCCUGCUGCUCAAGGUCAUCCUCGAGGCGUGGGCGCUGUUCGGCAACUUCCCCAAGUCGCUGGCCGGUUUCCGCAAGCACUACUGGGGCUCCAUCGCCCGGGCCAUCACGUCGCUGAUCCUGCUGCUGUACGGCAUCUGGGUGCUCUACUGCAUCUUCCAGUUCACCCACGGCGACAGCUGGGCGGCCAAGACGCUCGCGGGCAUCACGCUGGGUAUCUUCACCGCCAUCCUCGUCUUCUUCUCCUUCAAGAUCUGGUACACGGCGCGCAAGCUGAAGCUGAGGGAGGGCGACGCGAGCGGCCUGUACGAGGACAAGAGCAUCUGGGUCAAGUACAGCCUCUUCUACGAGUCGUACCGCAAGAACUACUGGUGGAUCUUCGUGCCGACCAUCGUCUACAUGUUCGCCAAGGGCGUGGCGCUCGCCGUCGGCGACGGCCACGGCAUGGUGCAGACGAUCGCGCUGCUCAUCAUCGAGGGCCUCAUGUUCGUCAUGCUGCUGUGGAGCAGGCCCUACGAGCGCAAGUCGGGCAACGUCAUCAACAUCGUCAUCCAGGUCGUGCGCGUGCUGUCGGUCGUCUGCAUCCUCGUCUUCGUCGAGGAGUUUGGCAUCAAGCAGACGACGCAGACGGUCACGGGCGUCGUGCUCAUCGCCGUCCAGUCGACGCUGACGGGCGUGCUGGCCAUCCUCAUCGCGUGGAACGCCAUCAACGCCUGCUGCAAGGAGAACCCGCACCGCAAGCGCAGGAAGGAGAUGGAGAAGCGCCGCGAGACGGACAACCUCACGCCCCUGGACGCGCGCAACUCGCUCCUCCUCGACCGGCCCUCGGAGAAGACGACGCUGUUCUCCAUCGCCAACACGCCCGACGAGAAGGCCAGCCUCGUGCGCGAGGCCUCGCCGGACCGGUACCUCGGCGCCGCCGAGCCCGCCAACCCCUACAGCAGGCCCGCCACCGCCAGCACGGCCUACCGGCCGCUGACGCCCGUCGGCGGCGACAGGCCCGGCGACGCGCUGAUCGCCAACGCCGCGGCCCCCGGCCGGCAGCCCACGCUGCCCAACGUCGGCGGCGGCAUGCCCGGUGCUGGCGGGUAUGGCCACCAGCGGUCCGGCAGCGGGUACUCGCAGCGCAGCUACCAGAGCUACCACAUGCCUGGCGCGUACAACAAUGGCGGAUACCGGGCGCCGCCGUCGAGAGGAGGGUAUUAA